AUGGACAUCACGCACAUCGUCCAACCACAAAGCACGGCCAGCAAGACCGACCCUGCCGAUGUCAUAAUGUGGUCGUCUUCUACUCCUUCUUCUUCUGCAUCGCAACCACACCCAGGACAAGGUCAGCCCACGACGACAUCCCAUUGCUUCAACACGCCAGCUUUCCCCGGGCCGCUGUUGGUUGUGGACCGCGACCACGACCGCGAAGGCAACGGCGACCGCCAACGCACGCUGCUUCCCGCCGCGCACACCCGCACGGCCCUGCUCCUCAUCGACAUCCAGCGCGGCCUCAACACGUCGAACGGCUAUUUCGGUAGCGACCGCGCAACUCCGACGCUGGAGGGGAACGUCGCGACCCUGCUCAGCCGAUGCCGCGAGUAUAAUGCCCGAGUGGCAGAGAUGAACUCGACGACGACGACGACGACGACGACUUCCGCCUACCCAAUCCAGAUGAUCCACGUGUUCCAUCAGAGCAGUAACCCGGCCAGUCCGCUGCACGUGAGCGGCAGAGCGCAAAAGGACGGCAUCGAAUUCAUGCCGUGCGCGGCGCCAGACGACUCCUCGGCCUUUGAGACCGUGCUGGCCAAGCGGGCGAAUUCGGCGUUCGCGGACGGGAGGCUGAAGCGUCUACUGGCGGAGAAGAGGAUCGGACAGCUCGUCGUUGUGGGGAUCGCGACGGAUCAUUGCGUGUCCUCGAGCGUGAGGUGGGCGAAGGAUUUAGGGGUCGUGAAGCGGGAUUGGGAUCGCGCCUUGCAUCAUGGUGGUGGUGGUGGUGGCGGUGGGAUGGCCAUUGGGGAGACGGAGGCGGAAAUGGAUAAUGAAGGGACAAUCGUGGUCGUGAGAGAUGCGACGGCUUGUUUUGGCAAGGGCGGCGUAGGGGCCGAGAUGGUUCAGAGGGUCAGUCUUGCGAGUUUGGAGGGCGAGUUUGCUGACUUGCUGUGUACGGCGGAUGUGCUGGAUGAGUUGUUUGGAUAG